AUGGCAUCGUUACGAGAUGGCAGUAGUGGAGAAACUGCUCUCGCAGUUGGGAGGGUGAUAGGGGAUGUUCUGGACCCUUUCACAACUUGUAUUUCAAUGAGGGUUGUGCUUGGGAACAGAGAUAUUAGUAAUGGCUGUGAACUCAGGCCCUCCCAUGUUGUUAAUCGCCCUAGAGUUUCCGUCGGAGGAAAUGACCUCAGGACCUUCUACACUCUGAUCCUGGUGGAUGCUGAUGCGCCUAGCCCCGUUAACCCUUUCCUGAGGGAGUACUUGCACUGGAUGGUGACAGAUAUUCCUGCUACCACGGAUGCAACUUUUGGGAAGGAGGUAGUUUUCUACGAGAGCCCACAGCCAUCGGCGGGGAUUCACCGAUUUGUAACGAUGUUGUUCCGGCAGCUGGGAAGAGAAACAGUGUUUGCACCAGAAUGGCGCCACAACUUUAACACCCGAGAGUUCGCUGAGACCUAUAAUCUUGGAUCUCCUGUUGCUGCUGUUUACUUCAAUUGUCAGCGAGAACGUGGUUGCGGUGGAAGGAGGACUAGCUAG